ACUUCGAUUGCUCAGCCACAUUCAUUGGAGUGGGGAUGAUCUGCCCCUACAUUGUUAACACAUCUUUGCUCCUUGGUGGAAUUCUUUCAUAGGGUCUAUUGUGCCCUCUCAUUGAAACAAGAAAGGGUCACUGCUAUGCUGCUGACCUUCCCUCAGGCAGCAUGCAUGGUCUACAGGGUUACAAGUUAUUGCAUUGCCAUGAUUCCAGGUGAUGGUCUUUACAACUUUUUCAAGGUGCUAGGUCGAACCAUUUCAGGCUUGUUUCAUCAAGUGCGGCAGAAGAAUGCUUUCAAGCCUGUUGCAGACAGCCAACCUCCAGUGAGCUCAAAGCAGCUCACUUAUGAUGACCAGCGUCGUACCCAACUCUUUCUUAAAGAUCAAAUCCCAAAAUGGUUUGCUGUUUCAAGUUAUCCGACGACUGCUUUCAUCUGUACGAUCGCUCUCCCACACAUUUUUCACCAACUCAAAUGGUAUUACAUAUGGGUUAUCUACCUCUUUACACCAGCACUAGUUUUCAGCAAUGCAUAUGGGUGUGGACCUACUGAUUGGUCCCUGGCUUCCACCUAUGGAAAGUUAGCCAUCUUUGUAACUGGGGCGUUGGCCGGAUCACACGGUGGAGUUCUUGCGGGAUUAGCAGCUUGUGGAGUCAUGAUGAACUCCAUUUCAACAGCUUCUGACCUAAUGCAGGAUUUCAAGACUGGAUAUCUGACUAUCGCUUCACCUCGAUCCAUGUUUAUUAGCCAAGUGAUUGGCACAGCAUUUGGUUGUAUCAUUUCCCCUUCUGUAUUUUGGCUAUUCUACAAGGCAUUUGAUAACCUGGGGGAUCCUGAAAGUACAUAUCCGGCUCCUUAUGCUAUUGUAUACGGCAACAUGGCAUUGUUAGGGGUACAAGCGAGUAAGAAAGUAGGUAAGUUCAUCCCAAUUCCCAUGGCAAUGGCAAUACCUUUCAACUUCGGUCCGUACUUUGCCAUAGACGUGUGUUGGCAGCUUGAUAUUGUUUUUGUGGGAGAGAGGGUAAACAAGGCCAAGGCAGAUGCUUUGGGGCCAACAGUGACUUCCGGUUUGAUAUGUGGGGAUGGCAUAUGGACUUUGUCUAGUUCACUGCUUGAUUUGACAGGCGUUAAACCCCCCAAUUUGCAUGAAGUUACUGUCAAGAGCAACAAACGUUAAAGUUGAUAAUGUACGUCUUGAUAUCAUAAUACACAAGUUCAACCUAUGGUAGUGUAUCCCUGUGUUAUACCGUAUUUCGAAGUUUCCUUAAUUUCCCUUUUUCUUACGUAUCCUCUUGUUAUAUAUUGUAUUUCUAAGUUUUCUUUCCCUUUUUGCACUGUAAUAUAGUGGUAAUUUAACA